CAGGAAAGGUGGUGUAUUUGCCUGAGAAGGCAGGGCAAGUUCGUAACGUACAGCAGCUUUCCUCAGGUGGAAAGAGAUUUCUAUUUCUAGUGGUGAACUGAAAGGGGCGGGGAAGACAAUAACGUGAAAAAAGAAAGAGGAAGCGAGUCCAACCUAGGACCGAUGAAGCUGCCCUGUCUGCCAUAGCUCAUUAGCUGAAGUAAUUCAGCUGCCUUACAGGAAGUAUUCUGUAAGGAGGCUAAGGAGAGACCAUGAAGGCUGAGAAGGAAUGUCAGCUGUUCAUUUUGAGCGUGGUUCUGGUGACUGCCCAAGCUCUCACUGUGAACACACGCGUCAAGGAAGUAAAGAUAGCAGUAGGCAAUAAUGCCACCCUCCCUUGUGAAUUCCAGACCACUGCUGACCCUGGAGAUCGCGCAAACUUUGUCUCCUGGAAGAAAUUACACCCACAGGUUGAUAUUGUCACAAAGUAUUUUGAUGGCUACGUGCACUAUAGCAAGAGUUAUGAAGGCCGCCUGCAGUUCCCUAGCACUGUAAUCACAGAUGUCAGCAUCACCCUCCAGAAGGUGACCAUGAUGGACAAUGGAACGUACAUGUGCACUGUCCAAAUUCGCACAGAUCUCCCCGAUGUCUCUGCAGAGAUAGAUCUUCUGGUCCUUGUGGCUCCAUCCAAGCCAGAGUGUAAAGUCAUAGGGACACCAGAAUAUGGACAGACCAUUAACCUGAGCUGCAAUUCUCACGAGGGGUCUCCAAAACCUGAGUAUACCUGGCAAAGCUUCAGUGUACUGAACCAGCCCCGAGCACUGGUCUCAGCAACAGGACAACAGAUAACUCUGAAGAACGUCUCUGCAGACACCUCCGGCUUUUACAUUUGCACUGCCACCAACACUGUUGGACAAGAGUUCUGCAACAUGACAGUUUCCAUUAUACCUCCAUCUAUGAACAUUGCCCUCUAUGCUGGUGUCAUUGGUGGUGCAGUUGCUGCAAUAAUCGUCAUCGGGAUUUUGGGCUAUUGUUGCUGCUGCCGGGGCAGCGACGACAAGGAGUAUGAGAUGACUGAGCAAGGAGAGAAGGAGCCCGUCAAGAUUCGGGGACCAGAUGAAGAAGAGUUUGAGAAAGAGGAGGAAGACUGGAAGGCAGAAAUGCCACACCCCAAACUAGAGAGAGAAAGUUCAUAUGCUGAGGCAUAGUCACUGCUGCCAUAGUAGAAACAGCAAGCAAGAGGGGACUGAGUUAAGUAGUACGGUUUACUCCAGACUGAUCUGAUCUCAGCUGUGGUCUAGACUGCAAGCUUCUAGGGACUGGGAUCCAUUUCUUUUAAUCCUUCUGGCACAUGCCUAAUGCACAAUAGGUACCACCAUAAAUAAAGACCCAAAUGCAGAAACAAA